ACUUGCGCCCACAGCUGCCCACUCCAGGCCACCGUACUCCACGGAAGGCCUCGCCGGCCCCUCCCUCAACAGGAGUGGAAGCCCCAUUCGUAGUACAGUGUCUCUUAGCAACCGCUUCGAGUCUCCAGGCCGUGGGGCGGAGCCUCGAAAACCGCCGCGGGGAAGCGGAGGGACGAAGUGAGAGAGACCAAUCGGAGUCCAGUCCCGGCCUCUACCAGCCCGCCUCCUCUAACUGUCGCGAAUCCGCGGGCAGCUUUACGACAACCAGGGGGUGGGGGCCUCCGGGUGAGGAGAAGGAAGCAACCAACCAACCAAGUCGCCCCCACCCCCUACCCCAACCCCCACCCACCGCGGAUCUGGUUUACGGCUUGGAGCGCAGGCUCCAGUGCAGCAGCUGAUUGGUUGUCGAAGGCUUGGUCCCAUCCCAGUGACCCCAAAGUGCUGGAAGGAGGGGGCGGGGGUGGCCCAGUGCAAAGUGCAUCCCGAAAGCCCCCUGUCGGGACACCCUGCUGCUGACACUUCGGACCUAGUACGACUUGGGGUCUCUCUGUCCCCAGACCUCUUGAGUCCCUCGGUAGCUGAAAGCCUCCGGCCCGGCGCGCGGCAGACCCUUGGUCUGAGCCCCUGGACCGGGACUGCCCCCCACCCCUCCGAGCCGGCACUUCCUCCCAGCACCCCUUCCCGGAGGCUGCUCCGAGGCCAAGACCGCCACCCCCAGCCUGAUCGACUAUCUGGAUGCUCUCCGGGUUGGGGCCGUGAAGCACCGAGGAGGAUCAGGAACACGGAGUCCGGCCCUGCCUGGGAUGUUUCUUCAAUGGAGAAGUUGGUGAAUGUGGAGGAGGCUGAAAGGAGAGAGAGGAGCUGCGACUGAGGAGACAGCUUUGAGCUUGCUGGAGGACACUCGCAAGUAGAGAGGGGUCUGGCCACCCACCAGAGGAGCAAUAAACAGAGUGCUUUGGACCAGCAUCCUCUCUAAAGGGUGGUUGCCUGGGAAUGCAAGCUUUCUUAGAUCCUAGUUUCCUAGCAAAACCAGCAGCACUGCCCAUGCCUGGUCCUUAACACCUCAGUAACUUCUCUACCCCAGAAACGUCUUCUGGGACCAGAGAAUUUACUAGAUUGAAAUGUAAGCACCUAGGUCAUGUGCUCAGAUUUCUGCUGCCUCCGAAAAUGCCCUAAAGGUGAAGAAGACUACUCCUUGGAGGCCAGGACACACUGGGAACCCUGCCCACCAUGCUGCAUGCACGCCAUGGUUAUUAGACAACCUGUCUACCGAGAGAAGAGACAUUCUUCUGUAAGGCUGCCUCCUGUGACCUAAUGUCUGGUUGGUGAAAAGCAGACUCCGCUAGGAUGUUACACCACCACUGCCGGAGGAACCCUGAGCUCCAGGAAGAGUUGCAGAUUCAGGCUGCAGUGGCGGCCGGGGAUGUUCACACAGUACGAAAGAUGUUGGAACAAGGCUAUUCCCCAAAUGGCCGAGAUGCCAAUGGCUGGACCUUGCUCCAUUUCUCUGCAGCAAGAGGAAAGGAGAGGUGUGUUCGAGUGUUUCUGGAACACGGAGCUGAUCCCACGGUUAAGGAUUUAAUCGGAGGCUUCACUGCUCUGCAUUAUGCUGCCAUGCACGGCCGGGCCCGGAUUGCACGCCUGAUGUUAGAGUCUGAGUACAGGAGUGACAUUAUUAAUGCAAAAAGCAAUGAUGGCUGGACUCCCCUCCAUGUGGCUGCCCACUACGGUAGGGACUCAUUUGUCCGGCUUCUCCUGGAGUUCAAGGCUGAGGUUGACCCACUCAGUGAUAAAGGUACAACGCCACUUCAGCUUGCCAUCAUCCGAGAGAGGUCAAGCUGUGUGAAGAUCCUUCUGGACCACAAUGCCAACAUCGACAUCCAGAACGGGUUCCUGCUGCGCUAUGCUGUGAUCAAAAGCAAUCACUCUUACUGCCGCAUGUUUCUUCAGAGAGGAGCAGACACAAACUUGGGGCGCCUAGAAGACGGACAGACUCCUUUGCACUUGUCUGCCCUCCGUGAUGAUGUGCUCUGUGCACGGAUGCUGUAUAACUAUGGAGCGGACACGAACACAAGGAACUAUGAAGGUCAGACCCCACUGGCCGUUUCCAUAAGUAUUUCAGGAAGUAGUCGGCCGUGUUUGGAUUUCUUACAAGACGUCACAAGACAGCCCAGAACCCUGCAGGACCUGUGCCGAAUUAAAAUUCGACAGUGUAUAGGCCUUCAAAACCUGAAGCUGCUUGAUGAACUACCAAUUGCCAAGGUCAUGAAAGACUACUUAAAACACAAAUUUGAUGAUAUCUGAUGUACCUGGACUGUGAACAAGAUUAAGAGUUAUUCCAGAUACUUAAAGGCUUCAGGCCUUGCACAAAGUAUAUCCUAUGCAAUUUCUGAUUUGCAGUCAAGUCAGAAAGCAGGUAUACACUUUUAGGUUUUUGUUUGUUUGGAUUUCAUUUUGGGGAGGGAUCUUUAUAUUUGUGUGUGUGUGCGCGCGUGUGUGUGCGUGCGUGUGUGUGUGUGUGUGUGUGUGUGUGUGUGUGUGUGUGUGUGCGCGCGCGCGCAUAUGUGUAUGUGUGUAUGGUGGUGUGUGUGUGUGUGUGUGCACACAUAUACCACGCUUGAAGGUCUUAAUUUGGUUUCUUGGUCCAAGUCGAUGAGGUUUGAGCCUUUCUAUACAAUACUGCAUUUAGAAAACUUGUUUUUCCUGAAUGCACAAUAUAGAAAGGUUUGAAGCAGAGGAUUUUCCCUUUCAAUGCUCUGGUUUCACUGACGAACAAGGUACUAGGAACCAGUAGACAGAAUACUUCUUAAAGUUUGGAGGUCUCAGGCUCACCUCCCGUGAUCCUGGGUGACGCUGGGAAGUUCUCUGUGAAGAAGCUUACAGUGACGCCGUCGCCUCUCUCAUUUUUAAUGAGCACAGACGAGCUGUUUAAAACCCUUUUCCCUUCUGAUUAAUGUAGCUUUCUGAUGAAAAAAACAAACCCAGUACCUCUGCUUCCUUUGGUGUACGCUUUUUUUUAAAUUAUUUUUUUUAACAACUGUAAGACACUACUCUGAGACAUUGUGUUUCAACCCCCACCCCCUUAUUGUGCUUUUAAAACAAAAUCAAUGGGGAAAGGAAUUAACUUUUUAAAGUGUGUUCUGUUUUUUUUUUUUUUUUUAAACAAAAAACAAAAAAACGGUGCCUCUUGUGCAACUCUCUUGGUGUAGUCUCUGGACGGUUUUGCUCCUCCCGUUCCUCGGCCGGCCGCUUCCUUGUGCCCCUCGGAGCCAUAAUCACCACCUCCAUCCCACGGCAGGCCACCAGUGUCACCUCAGUUUCCAUUUUAAGCUUUGUAUUUUAUUUCACCUUAAGGAACAAAUUUCAUAUCCUGGUGAUAACAGUGUUCUCUAGAAAUAGCCCACAUUUUUGCUAAACCAUUCUAUUUUAAUGAUUAAAUAAUUUGGGGUGGUUUCAUGGUGGAUUUUUUUUCCACCUUCCUGGUAAUAUGUACACAUAUAUAUUUUAAGGGGAAAGUCUCUAAUGGGCACCCUUUUAUAAGCCUGGCAAAUUGCUAAUAUGCUAAUUAAAUAUUUCCUGUCUAUUUUGAAGGUGGUACAGUAAAGCUCUUCAAGACAAAUAUUUUAUUUUCUGGGUUGGUUGGACAAGUAUGUGCAAGAAAGACCCAGAUGUAGUAAAAUAUCAGCAGCAAGGGAGAAGGUCCCGUAGGUAGUAGGCAUCAGGGAUGUUCCUGCGGACACAUGCUCACUGCUUCAUUUGACGUUAUGUUAGUUUGAGGACAGCCUUUUUAAGUCCCCCAUGCCAUUCUUAGUGCUGUGACAAAUUUUUUAAAUAUUUAUAAACUGUUAAUAAAUUUGCUAUCAAAAGGUUGCAAGGUAAGGGCUUCUCUGUUCUUGUCAGAAUUGCAGUUUGAAGGUUUAGAGGAUGAAGUCUUUCCCUCAUAGUGUAAUUAAGAAGAAUUAGGUUUCCCCAAGUUCAGGAGAGCAGUGUAUUCACUCAAGCCCAGAGCUUGCCCUCCUGGCCACAGAGUAGCUGUGACAUCAGAACAUAGGAUCUACGUGUGCCUAGGUGGCACACAGAUUCCUGAACAGGCAGAAGAAUGAUUCAGGGACUCACUGAUGUGGCCCAUAGCCUCCUUCAGCCGGAAGCAUGUGGCCAGAGUGAUAGCUGGGACCCAGGAAGCUAGGGAUGGGCGUGGUGACCCUGUCUGAAAGGUUACCUCCGUGGAGGUUCCCCUUCUAAGGCAGCUGCAGAGCUGUGUUCUCAGUCUUUAUUCAGGCCCCAGGUCGAGGCUAGAGGCUCACUAGCAGCCUUAGGGACAGAAAGUGACCAGAAAUUACUUGAGUGUAACUUGUGUUAGAGCCCCAGCCCAGCAUGGGAGGUGGUGAGAGGGAGCCGGGAGUCUGGACUCUGAGCUGCCAUGUUAGUGUCCAAUUGCACAGGAAUCACACAUGAAAAUUAAUUUAUUUAGUAAGUUAAAAAUGGCAUUCACUUUCCAGCCAUCCAGAGAGUUCUAAACUAAGCCACUGAAAUUGAACUGAAUCAGGGAAUCCCAAGUAAAAAGAUCAUAUUAAGGCAAAUUAUUUGUGCUGUUUGCUGCUGUGACUUCAGAAAAAAAAGUUUUUUGAAUGCUCUUCCUGGAAUUGAAAAUUCUAUUUAAUGAAGAAGUGUAUAAUUCCAUUAUUUAUUGUUUGUGGUUUGAUUUAUCUGGAAGUUUGAGAGAAUGUCCUUUGUUUAUUACUAGACCCCAGUCAUGUACGGUAUCUAGGUAACUGAAGGGCUGUCCAAUUGGUGAUGUGGUUGUGGUGAACAUGCAGGUCUGCACUUGAAUUAGUUAUCAGAGAAGCAAACUGUGGCCCUAGGAGAGAAAACACCUCUCACAAACUCAGCCUGUUGGCUUUUCCAGAAUCUUGACUCAAAAUUCACCACUGAUUCUUUUGCGCUUCUUUUGAAAUGUAUUAUUUAAGCCUAUUACUAAAACUUUAUAAAAUGCAUUUGGCAAAUACACCAAAGAGACCAGCUCAUAAAAAUAUGAUCAUUAAUGAACUGCAAACCUCAUCUUUUGAAAACAAGGGUGUUUCUUUGUAAAUAUUUGUGUUUAUAAAUGUACAGCAGAGUUAAGAGUGUUUUUUAGAUUAUUUAAUUCCCAUAUUUCUAAACUCUUUACUACAGAAUAACCCUGCUCAUUAGUUUGGGUGACUUGAUUGUUUGGUUUUUUUAAUUCAUUAUCAGUCUGCUGGAGAAGUCAGCAUUGUGGCAGUGGCAGAGUCACUCGCGAAGCACAAGGGAGGUUAGCAUGACCUGUCAGACUCACCCCUCGUAAGACACCAGAAAAGCGCAGCUUAAUGACCAGAGUGGACCAUGCAGAAGAGUUUCUAACUUCCCUACUGAAUCACCCAUUAGCCCAGGAUGGGAUUGGGACAAGGCCGUUUGCCCACAAAUUUAGUUUUCAUGUAACUCCCAGUGUGUUGUAUCAUAAUAUAUUCUGUUCUUUCUUUGUAAUGUAAGUUUUGCUUUGGGUCGAUUUGAAUUAAAAAAAAAAUCUUAAAUCUGGUUUAAAAACAAA